AUGCAAACAGAGCAUGAUUGGAAUGAUGGCCUCCCCUUCGCCACACCCCCUUCCCCUCCCCAACCUCCUUCCCCCUUUCCCCGUUCCAGCUCCCCCACCUCCCGCCAUAACAAUGAAGGCCAGCUAGAAGACCCAAGGGCCUCUAAGCACCUGAGGGUCCAACCAGAAGACGCAAGGGCCUCUAAGCACCAAAGGGUUCAGCGAAGUCAGCCAGAAGAACCAAGGGCAAAACUGCAAGUGGUCAAAAAUAAAGACAGAGUAUUUAAACGAUCCAAGAGGCCUUCCACUGCUGCUUUUCCAGAAUACACAGUAUACAGAUCAAAUGCUGCAGAAUUUGUAAAACAAAGCUGCCCCAACCCAAUGGAUGUUUUCCUACUGAUGUAUCCACCCACCCUGAGAGAGAUUACAGUUGAAAUGUCCAACCUCUACUCCACCCAAACCAAGGGAAAGCAACUGAAUCUCAGUAUGGAUGAGCUCCUCACCUUCUAUGGGAUCCUAAUUGCAAGUGGAUACAGCUCUGUCCCAAGAAGACACAUGUACUGGUCAGCUGACAAUGAUGUACACAAUGAGAGCAUUUCAGGUGCAAUGCGGAGAAACCGCUUUGAUGACAUAAUGGCCUCAGUUCAUGUGGUUGACAACACCAAGAUUACUGAUGACCCAUUUUUUAAGGUUAGACCCAUCUUCUCUGAGCUCAAUCACUCAUAUAAAAUCAUGCCAUUUCAGGAAUGGCUGUCAGUGGAUGAGAGCAUGAUCCCAUACUACGGCCGACAUGGAUGUAAACAAUUCAUCAAAGGCAAACCAAUUCGCUUUGGUUACAAGGUAUGGAGCCUCGCCUCAUCCAGUGGAUACAUGUACCACAUGGAGCCGUAUUGUGGAUCACACACUCUCCUCCCAGAGACAGGGUUGGGUCAGGGACCCAGCGUUAUCAUAGGUUUGGCAGAGCAAGCUCAGGUGCAUCAAGGUUGCAAGUUCUUCCAUGACAACCUCUUUACCACUUUUCCACUCAUGGAUGAGAUGACAAAAAGAGGAUAUGGGAGCUCUGGAACAAUGAGGCAGAACCGCCUGUUUGAUGUCCCAUUCACACCACUGAAUGCCUUCAUGAAGUUACCCAGGGGAACCUCUGAGGUUCUGUGCCAAGGAGAGAAGCUGCUGGUGCGUUGGAAAGACAAUAACAUUGUCACAGUGGCAACAAACAUGGAUGAAAAUUACACUGAGACCUCUGUCAGGAGAUGGAACAGGCAUCGACGUGCCUUUGACAAUGUCCAACAACCAAAAUGCAUCAGCCGAUACAAUGAGCACAUGGGUGGUGUAGACCUUCACGACCUACAGGUUUCAUGA